AUGUAUUUUCGGUCCUGUCACCAAAUCCCAGGAUGCCACGAGUUCCUCGAAAGCAUCAUUCAACGCUUGGGGGUGCUCGCUAGUGGUCUGGUGAGACGUGAUGGCCCAGUUGGCGAUCUCGGCGGCCGCGUUCUAGGCCUUACAAAUGUUGCAGAUGUCUCUUUCAAACCGAGGUCUCGCGGUCCUAGCGCUCCUGGGCUACGCCGAGUGCAGUAUCUGUCGCGAGAUGCUGGGUGGAUUGAGCGCCGGCUUGCAGAGCGGUCGAGUGCGAUUGGACUGCAGCUUGAACUUGCCCCGAUCUGA